UCGUAGGAUCAUGAUAUAUUUUGUAAAGAGAAUUUCUGUGGCGAUUGCAAUCGUAGCAUUAGUGAGUGUGGUUUUUGGCAGUCACGAUGGAAGUACACACUUUGGGGUAUUGAAAAAAGGCGCCAGAUUAAUCCAUAAAGAGCAAAUCGUGCAACCGAAAAAGUUUUUCCGCGUCAUCGAAAAGAAAAUAAACUUUGAACCUCAGCAACAUAAAAUAAGCGCAAUUGUGAUCACCGACAAUAGCGAAUCGAAAGGAGGCAAGGCUUCUUUGCUCGAAGGAGGUCCUACGGCCAAUUAUGCCGUGAUCCUUUUCAAAUCGGCUCGUAAUCAUGGUCUUAAUUUUACAUUGGAGAUAUUCGACACUGCGCCGGAAUGCUUUAGAUGUAAAACACAUGGUUAAUCUGAAAAAAAUAAACUUAAUUUUUUUGCCCUAUU